AUGAAUAGCUUCUUCGGCAGUUUGUUCUCUCCUGCUCCUCAGCAACCGGGAGAGAAGAUUGACUUCGUGUACAUUUCCGAGUGGUUCCUAUUCCUUUCCUUCUUCUUCGUGUUUGCGAGUGGAUUUAUGCACAAGUUUGUGGACGCGAAGGCAAUUGCAAAAGCAAACGGUGGGUCGUUUUUAGGCGCGUUCCAGAUGACCUGUUUUAUUCCUUUGGCGUACGUGUCGUAUUAUGGAAUCAACACGUGGUAUUUCAGCGAACACUUUCAAUCUUCGCGAACGGCGGAGGAACGUUUGUUUGGUCCAGUUUCUGAAAACGUGAGGAAAAUAGGAGAGGUGCAAAUAGCGUUUCAGGCGUGGGAUUUUGUCAUAUCUUUGUUUAACUCGGAGUUGAAUUCAGUGGAAAUGUUGUUGCACCACGCGAUGACGGGAUUGUUGUGCUACUGGAUGUUAACUAUACCGUACAUGGCGUGGUACGGGGUUUAUUUCAUGGGCGUUUGCGAGACGUCCUCGUUGCCGUUAUCGGUCGUAGAUUUCAUGCGAUUCUUUCCAGAUUAUAAGGAGAAGUAUCCACUCAUGAACAUGAUAAAUUCCUUGUUAUUUGGCGCGUUUUUUGUAUGGUUCCGAAUUAUCAAAUGGAUUCAGUUUAGCGCCGGUGCGUGGAGAGAUUCGUUGCACGUGUUGAAGAUGAAAAAAUUGCCCGUGCCGAGAAGCGUCGUCGUAGGUGUGUUGGUUCUGAACGUGUUCUUCACGGCUUUGCAAGUCGUCUGGUGUGGCUUACUUCUCAAAGAAGCGAAGAAGAUGUUUUUAGGAGGAGGAGAGGACGACAAGAAGAAGGACGAAAAGAAGAAGAAGAAGUGA